ACUACUCCUCCGCACGAAAAAAGUAGUUCGGUAAACACUCUUCAUAUUUACUCGCAGCACCAUUCUGAUACUGAAGUAUUCCGUGCAGUUCAGUGAAACAACGUCGGUGCUCUUGCAAUUUGGAAGAAAAGCCACGGCAGAGCCCCCCGAGGCGAAAAUCCCGCCUGUCCGCGGCGGAGGAGCACGACGAGCCGGAGAGGCCGUUCGUGGCGACGCCCGCGACCGCAGAGGCAGCAUGAAGCGCGGCGCCGAUAGGGACUUGUCUCCCUCCAGUAAGAGGUCGAGGUCGAGUGUGGGGCGCUAUGAGGACAGCAGUGAGGACGAGGGGCGCCGCAGCAGCCGCGGAGGGAGCCCCCCGGGGCGGCGCUACCCCCCGCCCGAGCCCCUGCACCGCUCGGAGCGCGACGACUUCGCGAGGGCGCCGCCCCGGCCGCCCGCCUACAAGAUGCUGUGCGUGUCCAACCUGCACUCCAAGGCCAGUGACGAGAUGGUGCGCGAGGCGCUGUACCGCGAGUUCAAGCGCUUCGGCGACGUGAGCGUGAAGGUGUCGCAGGGCGCGGACGAGCGCCUGGCCUACGUGUACUUCCGCAGCGCCGACGAGGCCAGGGAGGCCAAGCACAGCAAGCCGCGCAUCCUGUUCUACGACCGCCCGGUGCUGGUGGAGCCCAUGUACGAGGCGGCGCGGGACUACGCCCUCCCGCGCGCCCGCUCCAGGACGCCGCCCGACUACGAGCGGGGCUACAGGCCGCGCAGCCCUCCGGGGCCCGACCUGGACGACAGGUACGAGGCGCGCUUCGACCGCCGCAGGCCGCCGCCGCCGCCCCACGGCGAGUACUACGCCGAGGGGCCGCCCCUCAGGCAGGACGAGUACAGCUACCGGCAGCACCGGGGGCGCGGCGGGCCCCACGGCCACUACGGGCCGCCCCUCAGGGGGGGCUUCAAGCACAGCUUUGGGGGCAGGGGCGGCGGGGGCGGGGGCGGCGGCGGCGGCGGGGGGGGCGGGGGCGGCGGCGGCAUGCUCGACAGCAAACGCGACAAGUUCCCGAACUACCUGCAUCACGUGCCGCCCGAGGAGGACCCGCUGGCGACGCGCACGCUGUUCGCGGGCAACCUGGAGAUCAACAUCAGCGAGGAGGAGCUGCGGCGCAUCUUCGGCAGGUACGGCGUCGUGGACGACAUCGACAUCAAGCGGCCGCCGCCGGGCACGGGCAACGCCUACGCCUUCGUCAGGUACCAGAAUCUGGACAUGGCGCACCGUGCCAAGAUAGAGCUGUCGGGGCAGUACAUAGGCAAGUUUCAGUGUAAGAUUGGGUACGGGAAGGUGAUGCCCACGACCAGGGUGUGGGUGGGGGGGCUGGGGCCCUGGACGUCAGUGACGCAGCUCACGCAGGAGUUCGACAGAUUUGGUGCCAUUAAGAAGAUAGAGUACGUGAAGGGUGAGAGUCACGCGUACAUUUUGUAUGAGAGUCUUGACGCCGCGCAGGCAGCCGUGAAAGAGAUGAGGGGCGUUCCCCUGGGGGGGCCCGACAAGAGGCUCCGGACAGACUUUGCCGAGGUGAACCCCCCGCCCGGGGCCUUCCCCCCGGGCUACAAGAAGGAGUUCGACGGGGAGUACCGUGACGAGUGGGGAGGGGGGCGGGGCAGUGGAUACGAAGACUACGUGGGUGACUAUGCCGGCUAUGGUAGGGGGCGCGGCAGGGGGCGUGGCUGGCACGAGAGGGGGCGUGGCGGCCACAGGGGGGGAUACCACGGGGAUUACCAGAGACCAGACUACCGUGACUAUGACGGGACGCCAGAAGGUGGGGAGCACCCGGCCAGGAGCCCAGAUCCUGGCGACGGGAGCAACGACAACGGCCUCACAAGCGCCCGCACUCUUGCGGACGUUGCACGGGCAACCCCCACCUCUUGGCAGGGCUCGCUGAUCCUGAAGAAUUCCUCCUUUGGGACGAAGAUGCACCUCAUAGAGGGAGACACGGAGGUGGCAGAGAUGAUGCAGGACGAGGAGGGCCGGCCGCUCCUGAGAAUCACCCAGCGCCUGCGCCUGGACCAGUCACGCCUCGACGACGUGAGCAGGAGAAUCAGCGCGCCCUCAACGGCAACAAUCCUCCUUUCCCUGCCCAGCACGACGGCGCCCCAGGCCCCGGAGGAGGCGGCCGUGCAGACGAGGCCGCUGCGCAACCUGGUGGCCUACCUGAAGCAGAAGGAGGCGGCGGGCGUGAUCACCCUCAACUCCACCAGCAAGGAGGGCAACACGCAGGGGGUGCUGUACGCCUUCCCCCCCUGCGCCUUCUCCCUGGACCUGCUGCACAGGGUGUCCCCGGGGCUGACCGAGGAGACGACCCGGGACGACCACCUCGUCAUUGUGAUUGUGAGGGGGACUGCCACGUAGGCGGGACGGGAAAAAAAGCGCUAAGUGGGGAAAAAAAAGACUGGAAACUUCCUCGUUGAAUCCGUGCGCUUGAACAAAGACUGCCUUAUAGUCCCUGCUUUUUAAGUGUAGUAAACUUUUCACAUGGAAGCCUAUAUUUUCCAUAAAUCAGUAAUUGAAUAUAAUAAUCUUUACAACUGUAUUGUACAAUUUGUUAAACCAUGUAAAAGAAAACUGUGAAUUUUAAGAAACAGUUUGUGUUGUACAACAAAAAAUUAUGAAUAGCAUUAUGUAUGGUUUUCUUUUUUCUUUUUUUUUAUUAUUAUUCAGAUAUUUUUUCUUUUUACAUUUUAUAAGUGAGUGUCUUAGACUAAUAUCUUCACCUGAAGUGUAAAAAAAAAAGUGUUUUAAAUACAGUGAAGUAACCUGUGUCAGUGUUUGAUUGUGUAUGUGACCCUGUUGACUACAGUGUGGUGAAUAUUCCGUGUGUGGUGGCAGUGAAAUGUGGUGUGGCCUGGAUUCCUCUUCCCUUUUUUUUUUUUUACUCUAGUGCAGUGCUGUGAAGUGGCCCUUUUGUCUCUGUGCUUGGUGAUGGAUAAGCAUUGUGCUUUUUUUGGCUCUUAGAUUCAGUGAUCUUACGUUGAGUUUAGUGCUUUUGCAGUGCCAUAUAAAAUCAGAAAGGAUUUUUCUUUUCUUUUUCUUUUUUUUACACCCAUUUUUAAAGUUUUAUGUUUUUAUUUUUAUCUUUUAUUUAUUUUAUUUCUCUCCCCCUCCCCUCCCUCCACUGGUAAUAGAUUGUGUUCUCAGUAGGAAAAGGUCACCCAUUUUUCCCCUCCUUGGAAGUGUUAAAUCCCCCCCCCCCCCCUUGUUAUAACAAAAAAAAAAAGUGCUGUGAGUGUUAUGAAAGAAGCAUCUCUAGUGAAGUGAAGCCUCCAAAAGUGCAGUGGCAUGAAAAAAAAUAAUAAAAUAAAAUAAAAAGACCUAAGGAAUAGCAGUGAUUAGUGUAACAGUGAUCAGUGCUGUGCUAUAAUUGGGAGGGAGAAGUGGUGGGCUCCUCGUUGGUCUGUUCCUUUUCUCUGUUGUGCUCGCGCCGUUCAUUCGUGUGUCUCUCUCUCUCUCGUCUUGCGGGGGGGGGAGGGGGUGGUGUCCAAAAUGAGGCCAAAACGGUACUUAAAAAAAAAGUUUCAUAAUUCAAUUCUUUCCAACCUAAAUUAAAAAAAAGAAAAGUCAGGGGACCUACACUUAUCUGGGCAUUAAUUUUUUUUUUAAACUCUUGCACCCAAAUUUUCUUUCUUUGAUUUUGCUUUCCAGAAUAACUAACUCCAAACCAAAAAAAAAUAUUAUGUCCAAGAGGGUGUGCUUGCUCAAAUCAGAUCAACUUGGCCGCUGGGUUUCUAGGAGUGUUGCAGAUCUCCGUGUGGUUCAAAGUGCCAGGGAAUAAAAGACUCAAAAGUGCCUAGUGGUGAUUAGAUUUUUUGCAGUGAUUGUGCUUGGCUCAAAUUUUUUUUCCAGUGAUUGAUGUGAAGGAAAUCAGUGCAGUGAGAUUUGCUUUAGUGGAUAUGGAUGCUCGUCAGUGUUUCUUGAAAUUGUGAAUUCCAGUCAGUUACAGUAAAAUUUACAGCAGUGCAGUGCAGUGAUAAUUUUUAAUACUACAAUAGAGUACCAGUAAAAAAUAACAAAAUUUUUAAAGAUCUUCAAGUCAUCACCCCAAAAGUGCAUUAGUGAUCUGGUUCUGGGGAGAUUUAAAUGAAAGAAAAUUAAAAGCAUGGGUUCAUUAAAAAUAAUCUGAAAUGUAGAUAUAGAUGUAUGUAUAUAUAUGCAUAUAUAUAAACAUGUAUACUGUAUAUAUUUACAUGUAUAUAUAAUCUACAUUUAUAAUAUAUAUAAAGUCCAUAAACUACAUAUUUAUGCAUUAUACAUGAAUACAUACUGAUGGAUAAUUACAUAAGCAUACAUCAGCACACACACUGGCAUACAUACACACAAGUACACACACACACGUACACACACACACACAUACUUUAUAUAUAUGUAUAAGAUUGAGUGAAUUAAUAUUAUUUUGAGUGCAACUGUGAAUUGGUAAGGGAAAGGCAAUCUUCAGGGGAAUCAGUGCUUCUAAAUACUAGUGGAUUAAUGCAAAUUCAGAAUGAAAUACAUCAAUAUUAAUAAUAAUAAUAGUAAUAAUAAUAAAAAAAAAAAGUGCAGUGACAAGGGUUGGUGUUCAGAUCCAAAUUGUAACGGGUUAAGUGAUUUGCAUGUGGCCGAAAGUGGACAAGCAGCGGUGUCCUCGGGCAAAGGGACGCGAGUGUUGAUCAAGUGACGUGCUCAGGGAAGUAAGGAAGUGAAGUGGAGGGUAGUAAAGAAUUCAGGAUUGUUGGGAAGUGCAGUUUUUUCCUCUCUUCUCUAAUGUUGUAGUCAUAUCUCAGGGAGAAUAAAUUAGUUAUAGUGAAUUUACAGAUGGGGGUGAAUUCAUAGUGCUGAAAAAUUGGCUCAUUUUCAAUGCAAGGGAGUCAGAAAGUGAAUAAAGUUCCAGUAAAUUCCACCUUGAAACUGUUGGGAAACACUUAGAAGCUCCGUUUGAGUAAAUGAAUUAAUUUUUUCUCUUCGAAAAAGUAAUUCAGUUUGACCUUGCCGUCUUCCAAAGUGAUUUCCCAACAGCUAGUGAAGUGCAGUGCAUAAUUUGGAACACAAGUGUUAGUGCUUCUUUCAUAUAUCUUACUCUAUAGGUGUUGUUUUACUAUGAAAAAAAAAAAAAAAAAAAAAAAUAUUCACCACAUUGGUCAAAAAGUUAACAUACUCUUAAUAAGAAGGGCUUAGUUAAUGUAUAGUGUUUAUCUAAAUAUUAAAUUAAAGAAAAAAAUAAUAAAUGUAGGAUGCAUUGAAAAUUAACCCUUUCUUGAAAAGUGUCGUGCAAUUCAUUAUAUUAAUAAUCAUAUUAUCUUAAGGUGGCCCUUCUGUGAAUAGUGCAGUGCAUUGUACCUCCUUGAGUCAGAAAUUAGUGUUUAAAAAAAAAAAAAAAAAAGGAAAGGGAGGUGUACAAGUUUUAAAGGUGUAAUGUCGAGUGUGAAGUGUGGCUUUGUGGUGAGAUAGUGGUGCCAGUGCAGUGAGACAGUGGUGUUAGUGUAUUGAUAGUGAAGUGAUUGGUGAUAGUGAACAGUGCAGCGAGUGUAGUGAUAGUGCAGUGAAGAUAAGGAAUAUGCAAGUUAUCAGUGCAGUGAACGUGUUUUUGUAAAUCCUGAUAAUAUUACUUUAGUGUUAGAUGUAGUAUCUUAUACCAGCUUUCAUUGAUGAGUAUUUUAGCCCCUAUAGCAAUAUAUACAGAUUAUUAAGACUGCUCAUAGUAUUUAUGAGCUCUUGUUAUAGGUGGACUUUGAACUUCCAAAACUACAAAAAAGUAUUUGUAUGGUUAUAGAGAACAAAUAAAUAAGAAUCUCUA